AUGGACGACUCGAUCUUCGACGUGGACGAUGGCUCCGACUUCGCGCCUGAGCCGAAGUCGAAGCCAAAAGCAGUGAAGAAAGCCCCCGCCUCCAAACCUGCGGCUAAAAAACCUGCGACCACCAAAGCCAAACCUGUUUCCAAGCCGAAGACCGUCGUCCCCAAAAAACGAUCUAAGGAAGAGUCGGACGGGGACGAUGACGGCGCGGAAUCCGAAGACCAUUUCAGCGAUGAGUCUCUUCUAGCUGAUACCCCACCAAAGGCGAAGAAACCAAAGACUACCGCGAAGGCCGCCACGAAGACCACUACAAAGGCCUCCAAUCCUGUCAAGGAGUCCCAUAAGAAACCUCUCGGCGAUCUUGUCAACGAAGCCAUCGCCAUGGAUCCCGAGUCGCCCCAGCCCAAAAAAAAGGCCAAGCGUGUCUCUGAGCAAUACCAGAAGCUCACCCAACUCGAGCACAUCAUCAAACGACCCGACACAUAUAUUGGAUCUGUUGAGCGCAGCGACCGACAAAUGUGGGUCUUCAAUCAGGAACAAGACUGCAUGGAGUUUCGCGAGAUCUCAUACGUGCCUGGUAUCUUCAAAAUCUUCGAUGAAGUGCUGGUCAAUGCGGCCGAUAACAAGCAGAACGACAAGAAUCAGAGCUACAUCAAGGUCAAGAUCAAUCGAGAGAAAGGCCAAAUCAGUGUCGAAAACGACGGCAAAGGCAUCCCUAUCGAAAUCCACUCCAAGGAGAAGAUCUAUAUCCCAGAGAUGAUCUUCGGUCAUCUGCUGACCGGUUCCAACUACGAUGACGACGAGCAGAAGAUUACCGGUGGCCGCAACGGCUAUGGUGCUAAACUCUGCAACAUUUUCAGCACCCGAUUCACCGUCGAGACUGCCAGUGCGAAGCACAAGAAGAGAUACACCCAGACCUGGAGUGCAAACAUGUCCAAAAUGAGCGAAGCCGAAAUAGAGGAUCAGAAAGGCGAGGACUACACACGUAUCACCUUCACCCCUGAUUUCAGCAAGUUCGGUAUGGAUGCAAUGGAUGACGACCUCGAAUCUCUGUUCGUCCGCCGCGUCUACGAUCUGGCUGGCACUGUCAAGGGGGUCAAGGUUUACCUCAACGGCAAGCUCGUUCCGGUGCAGAAGUUUGACAAGUACUGCGAGCUCUACACCAAGGCCAUCAAGCGCGAGCGUGGCGACGAGGCUGCCAACGAUAACAACAACAUCAUCCUUGAAACCCCCAAGGACAAGGAUGCCAAAGAUCGAUGGCAGGUCGGCUUUGCUGUGUCAGAUGGCUCCUUCCAGCAAGUCUCCUUCGUCAACUCAAUCGCCACCUCCUCUGGAGGCUCCCACGUCAACUACAUUGCUGAUCAGAUUGUCAACAAGCUGCUUGACAUCGUCAAGAAGAAGAACAAGGGUGGCGCUCAGCUGAAGCCCAACCAGAUCCGCAAUCACAUCUUCCUCUUCGUCAACGCCCUCAUUGUGAACCCUGCCUUUACCUCUCAGACCAAAGAGCAACUUACGACCAAACCUAGCCAAUUUGGCAGCAAGUUCCAAAUCUCGGACGAUUUCAUGAAGAAGAUCGCUAAAACCGAGGUUAUCAACAAUAUUCUGCACUUUGCCCAGCAGAAGGCUGAUCAGAUCUUGAAGAAGUCUGAUGGUAGCAAGCGCAGCCGCAUGAAUAACCCCAAGCUGGUUGAUGCCAACAAGGCCGGCACCAAGGACGGACAUCUUUGCACUCUAAUUCUCACUGAGGGUGACUCGGCCAAAGGAUUGGCGAUGGCUGGUCGUUCGGUCGUGAGUCCUGAUCAUUUCGGUGUUUUUCCCCUUCGUGGAAAGAUUCUCAAUGUUCGUGAUGCAUCAAUCGAUCAAAUCUCGAAAAACGCCGAGAUUCAGAACAUCAAGAGCUUCUUUGGCCUCCAACACAAGAAGGUCUAUGAUAGCACCAAAGGCCUUCGGUAUGGUCAUCUCAUGAUCAUGACUGAUCAGGAUCACGACGGGUCCCACAUUAAAGGUCUGCUCAUCAAUUUCUUGCAAGUACAAUUCCCCAGUCUGCUCAAGAUCCCCGGCUUUCUGGUUGAGUUUAUCACGCCUAUUGUGAAGGUCUACAAGGGCGAUCCAAAGAAACCCCUCAAGCAGAAGUCCUUCUUCACCAUGCCAGAGUAUGAGGCGUGGAAGGAAGCCCACAAGAACGAGAAAGGUUGGGAGCACAAGUACUACAAGGGUCUGGGUACCAGUACCACAGAGGAUGCCCAGUCGUACUUCAAUGACCUCGACAAGCAUCACAAGGAGUUCCAUGUUAUGAAGGACGAGGAAUCCCAACUGAUCGAUCUUGCCUUCUCCAAGAAGAAGGCUGACGAGCGUAAAGAAUGGCUCCGUCAAUUCAAGCCAGGUACCUUCCUGGACCACUCGUCCUUGAAGAUCACCUACACGGACUUUAUCAACAAGGAGCUCAUUUUGUUCUCCAUGGCUGAUAACAUACGGUCGAUUCCCUCUAUGAUUGACGGCCUCAAACCCGGUCAGCGCAAAGUCCUCUAUGCUUGUUUCAAGCGUAACCUCAAGAAGGACAUGAAGGUUGUCGAGCUUGCCGGUAUCGUCUCUGGUCUGACUGCUUACCAGCACGGCGAGACUUCCUUGCAGCAAACCAUUGUCGGCUUGGCCCAGACUUUUGUUGGGUCCAACAACAUCAAUUGCCUUGAGCCAUCUGGCAAUUUUGGUAGUAGGCUUCAAGGUGGCGCCGAUGCUGCCAGCGCCCGUUACAUUUACACUCGCUUGUCGCCGUUCGCACGGAAGCUUUUCCAUCCAGCUGAUGAGCCCCUGCUCACUUACAACACUGAUGACGACCGUACCAUUGAGCCUGAAAUAUACGUUCCGGUGGUACCCAUGGUGUUGAUCAAUGGCGCUGAUGGUAUUGGCACGGGUUGGAGCUCUUCAAUUCCCAACUACAACCCUGUUGACAUUGUCGACAAUCUCAAACGCCGAAUGCAGGGCGAAGAUUGGGUACCUAUGCAGCCAUGGUUCCGUGGCUUCAAGGGAACGGUCAGCCAGACGGCCCCUGAUCGCUACAAGUUCAGCGGCAAGAUUGAGCAGACGAGCGACAAUGAAGUUGAGGUUACCGAACUCCCCAUUCGCAUGUGGACACAGGACUUCAAGGACAAACUUGAAGAGAUCAUCAAGGCCGAGAAGACACCAUCUUUCAUCAAAGACUACAAGGACUACAACAACCACAAGGAUGUCCACUUCAUCAUUCAGAUGGACGACAAGUCCAUGGGCGAAGCACUGAAAGAAGGUCUGGAGGAGCGAUUCAAGCUGAGCAAGAGCAUCGCCACAUCUAACCUUGUUGCAUUCGAUCCCGAGGGCCGUAUCACCAAGUACAACGCCGUUGAAGACAUCAUGCAGGAGUUCUACAGUUACCGUCUCCAGCUUUAUGCCAAGCGCAAAGCGUACCUGUUGGAGACUAUGAAUAAAGAGUUACGAAAGCUGACGAACCAAGCUCGUUUCAUCAAAAUGAUCAUCGAUGGCAAGCUGAGCAUCUCCAAGAAGAAGAAGGCUGUCCUGAUCGCCGAACUUCAGAAGCUUGGUUUCGAGGCUUUCCCUAAAGUCGCUGAUGCUGCGAAACAGGGCGAGAAGGCGGACGUUGUCGAAGAGGACAACGAUGGUGAUGACGACGUCAAUGUCAAAGCCAGUGCUUACGACUACUUGCUCGGCAUGCCUCUGUGGUCCUUGACCCAGGAACGCGUCGACAAGCUCACUCAACAGAUCGGCGAUAAAGAGGUUGAAGUUGAUCUCCUUAACAAGAAGACUAUCCAAGAUCUGUGGAUUGCUGAUCUCGACGAGUUCGUUGAGGAGUGGCAUGCACAGCUGAACGAGGAGAAGCAGCGACAACGUGAUAUUCGCAGUGGCCGUCGUACUUCCAAGAAGUUCUACACUGGCAAGCCUGCCGGUAAGAAGCGGAAGAAUGCCGAGUCUGACGACGAUGACUUCGAGGUCAAGCCAAAGAAGGCCACCGCACCGAAGAAGUCUGUGGUAGAGAUGUUGAAGGGGCAGCCAAUGGCUAACGCGGUGAAGAAGAUCAAGUAUGAUACCCCUGCCUCUAGGUCUAAAAUGACUGUUCGUGAGAGCUGGCUUGCUAACAUGGAUGGUGCAAGUGAAUCUGCUUCUACGAGUCGAGCAGGGACCCCCGCGGACGUUGAUUCAAGACCUUCUUCACAGGCCAACAAGCCCAAGCCCAAGGACGAGUCGGACGAUGAGGUCGCCACGAAACCUGCUGCUCGUACAGCACGCGCUGCUACGAAGAAGCCGACCAAGUAUGCUGUUGAGGAUCUGGAUAGUGACAGUGAUAACGGCGACGGACUACUCGCGGAUCUGGGAAACUUCGUCAAGGGUCUUGCAAGCCAGUCCGAGAGCAAGCCAAUGUUCUCUACUUCGACAUCUCGGCCAAGCAGCAGUCACGACUUCAAGGUUCCAUCAAAGCCGGUGGCGAAGAUCUCGGACAGCAUUUCUGACGACGAUACCGAUUACAAGGCUCUUGCUCCUCAAUCAUCACCCCGUCGAUCAAUUCUUGUUACCAACAAGGAGAACUCGGUGUUUGACGUUUCUGAGGACGAGAUCAAACCUGCUCCACCCAAGGCUAAGAAGGCUCCAGCCCGUCCCAAGAAGGCUGGGAGCGUGGAACCCAAGCCGAAGAAGGCUCCCGUCAAAAAGACUGCCCCGAAGAAAGUUGAGCAGAGCCCUGUCGCUAAAGCUUACGCGAAGCGUUUGGCCAAGAAGCAAAUCAUCGAUUCUGACGACGAAAUGGCAGAUGACCUCGUGGACGAUAUCUUGGAUUCGCCGGCGCAGUCUGACGGUGCCAGUGAUGUCAAGCCCGCGGCCUCGCGCCCUGGCAGACGUGCAGCGCAGGUCAAGAAGCCCGUGAAGUACGAUUUUGGAGACUCUGAUGAGGAAAUGGAUGAUGGCUUGGAUGAGAGCACUGCUCGGUUUUCUGAUGAUAGUGAUUGA